AUGAGUGACAUUAUAGGUACCAAGGUGGCUAUUCCAGGAGCAUCUGGUGCUGGUAUAAUUAGAUAUAUUGGUCCAAUCCAGGGCAAAAAUGGUACUUUUGCUGGGGUUGAGCUUCUAGGCACCUUGGCAACAACAAGAGGAAAAAAUUCAGGGUCUGUUGAUGGAAUCAGUUAUUUCCAGGUUGAGAUUCCCAAAAGUGGAUUGUUUCUUCCAUUUGAUAGAUUAAAGUCUGUAAAUCCAGGCUUACCAAACAAUAGAUUUUCUACUAGGCUGCCAUUGACACCGAUUAACAAUAGAUCCUACCAGAAUGCAAGGGUAAGCAUGAUUAAUGAAAACGUUGCUAAAUCUGAAGACAUGUCACUAAAAUACGAAGCUGAAAUAGCGGAAUUGCAACGAUCAUUACGAGAAAAGGAGAAGAGAUUGGAUAAUUUUGCCAGCCAGAGAGAAGAAUGGAGAGCAGCUAUGGAUGAAUUGGUUGCAGUUCAACAAGAAGGUAUUCAAACGUUUGAGGAUAGAAUCCAAGAGCUAGAACAAGAGAAUAUGUUACAACAGGAACAAAUCAAAAAAUCUCAUGAAUCGCUUCAAGCAGCUGAUCAUAAAAUCAAGGACCUUGAACAAAACAUUGAAGGCUUUUUAAGUGACAAGGUCAAUGGUGUUGAAAUUGGAGAUCACCAAAAGGAGCUAGAUAGAUUGAAACAUGAAUUAGCUGUCCGUCCACAAUUAAAGGAUCUUGAAGAGUUGCAAACUUCUUUGGAUGAAUUGGAAACAAUUUAUCAACAAAAGUUGGAUGAAAAAGAGGCUGUCAUCAAGGAUCUUCAAUUAGAGAACUCGAGACUCAAAGAAGAAAACAUCAAACUUCAUGAAGAGAAUAGCAAGAAAGUCUUAAAUGGUAAACUUAAUGGAGGCUCUGACUCACAAAGCUUAACCCCUCCUCUUCGUCUCAAUCAAAAUGUUACUGAUGAUGUGCCAAAAGAAUUGCCUAUUUAUAAAGCACUAAACCCAAGUGAUCCUAGUGAUGGAAAAAAUGAUUGGUGUGGGUUAUGUGAACGUGAUGGCCAUAGUAGUAUUAAUUGUCCAUAUGAGAAUGAUAUAUUUUAA